UAUCGAGCGAUGUUGAGCAGUCCGCGCCCGGCCUCGCUGCGGCAAUGACCCACCGUUUGAAGCUAUGACCCACCGCGUUGCGCUCUUGUGCGCGCUACUAGCGCUAUCGCUUGGCUGUGCUGCGCACCGGCCCGUCGACUACGAUGUCCAUUAUGACAAUUAUACGAGGAACUUUACGAAUACCAGCAACGUACACAAAGGGGAUCCUCUUUUUCCUACUGAACUGUUCACCGAGGAGCAACUUCGGCAGGGAGCCAUCGUUUUACACAUUUUGGGAUUGGUCUACAUGUUUGUCGCGUUGGCGAUCGUGUGCGACGAAUUUUUCGUACCUGCUCUGGAUGUCAUCAUCGAGAAGCUGGAAAUUCAGGACGACGUGGCGGGUGCAACCUUCAUGGCUGCUGGUGGAUCCGCGCCUGAGCUUUUUACAAGCGUAAUCGGAGUGUUUGUAUCGUUUGAUGAUGUGGGUAUCGGUACUAUCGUAGGGUCAGCCGUAUUUAAUAUUCUAUUUGUUAUCGGCAUGUGCGCAAUUUUUUCAAAAACUGUGCUCAAUUUGACCUGGUGGCCCUUGUUCAGAGACUGUUUCUUUUACUCUCUUAGUCUCAUUACGCUUAUUAUUUUCUUUAGAGACAAUGUUAUUGAGUGGUACGAAGCGCUCGUGUUGUUUCUUUUUUAUAUUUUAUAUGUCAGUUUUAUGAAAUGGAAUCAACCCAUGGAGCGACUAGUAAAGAAAGUUAUAUAUAAGAACAAGGUGACCCGAGUUCGCAGUACAGAUCAACUAAUGCCUACACCAAAAGCAAAAUUUGAGAUGCGAGUGAGAAGAUAA